GGGUGCUGUGUGCCUGCAGCACCCCGCUGGGAGCCCGUUCACAGUCUGGUCGCGCGAGCCGAGAAGUUUUUCCGUAGUCGUGUGCAAGCAAGGGAGUGUUGGCGGCAGCGUCUCCGCCCGCGCACCGGCUUUGGGCAGCCGGCUUCUAAAGAUCCAAGCCCUCCCUGUGGCUGGCGUGGGGGACUUAACCACCAAUAUGUGUCCCUCGGGCGUUCCUCUGCGUGAGAGAUGAGGACACCCACCCUGGAAGAUUUGUGCCUUUGCGGGGACUGUUUCACCUGAUGUGAUAAGCUUCUAAUUCAGUGUGUGCAGAGAUUGGAAUGGGAUUAACAGGCUUUGGUGUGUUUUUCCUUUUCUUUGGAAUGAUUCUGUUUUUUGACAAAGCACUUCUGGCUAUUGGAAACGUUUUAUUUGUGGCUGGCCUGGCUUUUGUUAUUGGUUUAGAAAGAACAUUUAGAUUUUUCUUCCAGAAACACAAAAUGAAAGCCACAGGCUUUUUCCUGGGUGGCGUGCUUAUAGUCCUUAUUGGUUGGCCCUUGAUAGGCAUGGUCCUUGAAAUUUAUGGGUUCUUCCUUUUAUUCAGGGGUUUCUUUCCUGUGGUGGUUGGUUUUAUUAGAAGAGUUCCGGUUCUUGGUUAUCUCCUGAAUUUACCUGGAAUAAGUUCGAUCAUGCAGAAACACAAUUGCAAUAUAAGACUUAAUUUUACAAAUGCUUAAAUCUCAUAAGACUUGCUUGUAGAUAAAGCUGGAGAAAGCAACAACAUGGUAUAAUGACAAGUGCACAGAAGACUGGUUCUAAAGUUACUGUAUUAUUUAUAAAGUCCUUUUGAAGAAUAUUCAGCACAAAGUAAAUUGUGUACAAAGGAAAAGCUUGUAACAUUCUUUACAUAAGUUUAAUUUAAAAUGUAUAGUCUACAGAAUACAUUAGAAAAGAAGCUCAGCAAGUGUGCUUCUAAGAAAAUGACUCAACAUUCAGUAAGCAAACUGAAGAGGUCAAAGUCAUGGGAUAAUCCAUGUGUAACAACUGUUCAAGACAGCUUUCCCUGUUCUUGGAAAACAUGCUAACUGCAAGGAACCUUCCUGGAACGAAUGAUGCCUGUACUUUACCUCCUUAUUUUGAAGGUGCAGUAGAGCAAACAGGUCUUGAUUUCUAAAGCACUCCCUUUCUGCCAACCUAACCUUCCACCUGCCUUCCUCAAAAAAAUAAAGUCCUUCUUUAACAAGAGAUGGUUUUUGCAUGGAAUUAAGAUGGAUGGUCAUCUUUAGGUGUGUGUGAUAACAAAGGAGACCCCCCACACACUUCUGCUGAAAAUGUUUUUGUAAAUGUGUGGCUAAAAUAAACUUUUGUUACCUUAAUGUUUCAAAGCCAAAUGUGGUUGAUUGUAUUUGUCUCCUGUUUUGGAAUAUGCAAAUGGUCAAUCUUAAGUAAUAUUUGAUCUUGAACCUGUACAAUUCAACAAGGAAGUUUGAAAAUUGAUUUACUCUCCUUUUGGGUUUGUUCUCCUUUUUCAUGUUACUGUGGGCAUAUGCAGAUGAGACUGUAGCCAUUUUGUUACUAAAUAAAUCCUUGCAUGUCAAGGACAGUUGAUGCAAUGAUGUAUUUGGUGAAGGUGCUGAUAUGAACCCUGUGAAAUGCAUACAGAAUAUGGUUUUAAGUAGUAGGAAGCUUUGACUUUCUUUCUUGCCCAAGAAAUACAAAAUAAGUAUUGCGGGGGGUGGGGGGAGUUUAAUAGUAAUAAAAAACUUUAAAUAUCGUCUGCCUUUGGAAGAUUUAAUUUAAGUUACCUGGAGAACAAGUGUCAAUCUGAGUAUCUUUUUAAGUGGCUUAAUUGCUCUUUGUUUUCUACAGACAUUUCUAAAUGAUCAUGUCAAUCAUGGGAAAAUUGCAGUUACAAAUAUGUAUCUGAUCUGCAUUAUAGUAGCAUUUGGUAUAAACCUGGAAUAAAAGGUUCCCUGGUACUGCAAAAGUAGCAUGUUUCUAUUUCUGCUGGAAUGUCUAACAUCAUGCACUUCCAAAUGACUGAGACUUGGUAAUAUCUUCAUUUAACCUGAGCAAAUGAGCUAUAAAAAAACAAAUAAGAAACGAAGAAAGGAAAAACAACUUGUAUCUGUGGAUGCUUUGAUUUUUUUUUUUUUUUCUGAAAAUGUAAUGCUAAAAAAUGUGUCAAGCUACAGGGACAAUUUCUCAGAAGUAGUUAGAGAUUAAUCUAUAUCUAACAAUUGAUUCUCUUUGAGUUAGAUUUUUUUUUAUUUUAUUUAUUAUUUUUUUUUUUUGGAUUUUUUUUUUUUUAACUGGGGGGAAGAUCCAUUAUAUGCAUUUUUAAAGUAGGUGUGAAGUAUCUUUGCAUGUCAGUUGGGUUUUUGGUUGCAUAUAUAUGCAGCACCAAUAUCUAAUUUUCUAAACUACCCCACUUUCUUUGUUUCCUUCCAAAGCUUAUACAAAAUACUCUGGGAACAAAAGAAAUACACUGGGUUUUCAGUUAUAAUAGCCCGGAUUAUCUUUUACGUUUAGUCAGCGGCACUACGGCCUUUUAAUUUUAUUAUUGAAAUAACUUGGUUGUAUUUCAUGACAUAUUAUAAUAGUUUACAGACAGGGCUAAAUAUGAUUUGUGACUCCUACCUCAAGAGGCAAACCAGUUAUAACUGCCCCUGAAUAUCUGUAAUGUUAAUUCAAAAAAUUGUAACACUAAAGUCUUUUAGAAAAGUAAGUUAUGCUUUAAUAGCUUUUAAUGGAAAUCAAAUACUUUAAAAAAAAAAAAAAAAAAAAAAGGGACAACAAUCUUAAUUUAAAUAGAUGUUGGCAACUGUUAGGUCUUUGUUCCUGUCUUUUAAAAAAAAAAAA